AUGGAUCAGACCUGUGAACUACCCAGAAGAAAUUGUUUGCUGCCUUUUUCCAAUCCAGUGAAUUUAGAUGCCCCAGAAGACAAGGAUAGCCCAUUCGGUAAUGGUCAAUCCAAUUUUUCUGAGCCACUUAAUGGGUGUACUAUGCAGUUACCGACUGCCAGUGGAACAUCCCAAAAUGCUUAUGGACAAGAUUCUCCAUCUUGUUACAUUCCACUGCGGAGACUACAGGAUUUGGCCUCCAUGAUCAAUGUAGAGUAUUUAAAUGGGUCUGCUGAUGGAUCAGAAUCCUUUCAAGACCCUGAAAAAAGUGAUUCAAGAGCUCAGUCGCCAGUUGUUUGCACUUCCUUGAGUCCUGGUGGUCCAACAGCACUUCCUAUGAAACAGGAACCCUCUUGUAAUAACUCCCCCGAACUCCAGGUAAAAGUAACAAAGACUAUCAAGAAUGGCUUUCUGCACUUUGAGAAUUUUACUUGUGUGGACGAUGCAGAUGUAGAUUCUGAAAUGGACCCAGAACAGCCAGUCACAGAGGAUGAGAGUAUAGAGGAGAUCUUUGAGGAAACUCAGACCAAUGCCACCUGCAAUUAUGAGCCUAAAUCAGAGAAUGAUGUAGACGUGGCCAUGGGAAAUGAACAAGACAGCACAUCAGAGAGUAGACCUGGUGUAGUCAAAUCGCCAUUCUUGCCAUUAGCUCCUCAAACUGAAACACAGAAAAAUAAGCAAAGAAGUGAAGUGGACGGCAGCAAUGAAAAAGCAGCCCUUCUCCCAGCCCCCUUUUCACUAGGAGAUACAAACAUUACCGUAGAAGAGCAAUUAAACUCAAUAAAUUUAUCUUUUCAGGAUGAUCCAGACUCCAGUACCAGUACAUUAGGAAACAUGCUAGAAUUACCUGGAACUUCAUCAUCAUCUACUUCACAGGAGUUGCCAUUUUGUCAACCCAAGAAAAAGCCAACACCACUGAAGUAUGAAGUUGGAGAUCUUAUCUGGGCAAAAUUUAAGAGACGACCAUGGUGGCCCUGCAGAAUUUGUUCCGAUCCUUUGAUUAACACACACUCAAAAAUGAAAGUUUCCAACCGGAGACCCUAUCGGCAGUACUACGUAGAGGCUUUUGGAGACCCUUCGGAGAGAGCCUGGGUGGCUGGAAAAGCAAUCGUCAUGUUUGAAGGCAGACAUCAGUUUGAAGAACUACCUGUGCUUAGGAGGAGAGGAAAGCAGAAAGAAAAAGGCUAUAGGCAUAAGGUUCCUCAGAAAAUUUUAAGUAAAUGGGAAGCUAGUGUUGGUCUUGCUGAACAAUAUGAUGUUCCCAAAGGAUCAAAGAACCGAAAAUGUGUCAGAAGUUCGAUCAAGCUGGACAGUGAGGAGGACAUGCCAUUUGAGGACUGUUCAAAUGACCCUGAAUCAGAACAUGAUUUGUUGCUUAAUGGCUGUUUAAAUUCUCUGGCCUUUGACUCUGAACAUUCUGCAGAUGAGAAGGAAAAGCUGUGUGCUAAGUCUCGAGUCAGAAAGAGCUCUGAUAAUCCAAAAAGGACUAGUAUGAAAAAGAACCACAUGCAGUUUGAAGCACGUAAAGAAGAACAGAGGGGAAAGAUUCCAGAAAACCUUGGCCUAAACUUUAUUUCUGGGGAUGUAUCGGAUAAGCAAGCUUCUAAUGAACUUUCUAGGAUAGCAAACAGCCUCACAGGGUCCAACACUGCCCCGAGAAAUUUCCUUUUUUCUUCUUGUGGAAAAAACACUGCAAAGAAAGAAUUUGAGACUUCAAAUUGUGACUCUUUACUGGGCUUGCCUGAGGGUACCUUGAUCUCUAAACGUUCUGGCGAGAGGAAGAAACCCCAAAGAGGUCUGGUUUGCAGUUCAAAAGUGCAGCUCUGCUAUAUUGGAGCAGGUGAUGAGGAAAAACGAAGUGAUUCCAUUAGCAUCUGUACCACUUCUGAUGAUGGAAGCAGUGAUCUGGAUCCUGUAGAUCAUGGUUCAGAGUCUGAUAACAGUGUCCUUGAAAUUACAGAUGCUUUUGAUAGAACAGAGAAUAUGUUAUCCAUGCAAAAAAAUGAAAAGAUAAAGUAUUCUCGGUUUUCCGCCACAAACUCUAGGAUAAAAGCAAAGCAAAAGUCCCUCAUUAUCAACUCACAUACAGACCACUUAAGGGAUUGUACUAAGACAGCAGAGCCUGGAACUGAGGCAUCUCAGGUUAAUCUCUCUGAUGUUAAGGUGUCCACCCUUAUCUGCAGCCCCCCAUCAGAUUUCAGAAAUGACAGUCUCCCUCCAAAAUUCAACACAUCAUCAAGUAUUUCCAGUGAGAAUUCACUAAUAAAGAGUGGAACUGCAAGUCAAGUUCUGUUACAUUCAAAAAGCAAACAGCCCAAGAUUCGAAGUAUAAAGUGCAAACACAAAGAAAAUCCAGUUGUGGCAGAACCUCCAAUUACAAAUGAGGACUGCAAUUUGAAAUGCUGCUCUUCUGAUACCAAAGGGUCUCCUUUGGCCAGCAUUUCCAAAACUGGGAAAGUAGAUGGGCUAAAACUACUGAGCAACAUGCAUGAGAAAACCAGGGAUUCUAGUGACAUAGAAACAGCAGUGGUGAAACAUGUUCUGUCCGAGUUGAAGGAACUGUCUUACAGAUCCUUAAGUGAGGAUGUCAGUGACUCUGGAACAUCAAAGCCAUCAAAACCAUUACUUUUUACUUCUGCCUCGGGCCAGAAUCACAUACCUAUUGAACCAGACUACAAGUUCAGCACAUUGCUAAUGAUGUUGAAAGAUAUGCAUGAUAGUAAGACCAAGGAGCAACGGUUGAUGACUGCUCAAAACUUGGUCUCCUAUCGGAGUCCUGGUCUUGGGGAUUGUUCUACAAGUAGUCCUGCAGGGGCUUCUAAGGUCUUGGUUUCAGGAAGCUCCACCCACAAUUCAGAAAAAAAUGGAGAUAGCACUCAGGACUCAGCCCAUCCCAGCCCUAAUAGGGGUGACUCUGCACUGUCUGGGGAGUUGUCUACCUCCUUACCUGGCUUAAUGUCUGACAGAAGGGACCUCUCUGCUUCUGGCAAAAGUCGUUCAAACUGUGUCACUAGGCGCAAUUGUGGGCGAUCAAAGCCAUCACCUAAAUUACAAGAUGGUUUUUCAGCCCAGUUGGGAAAGAACAUAGUGAACCGAAAAGCCUUAAAGACAGAGCGCAAAAGAAAACUGAACCGGCUUCCAGGUGUGACUCUUGAGGCUUCACUUCAGGGUGACAGAGAGUGUGGAGGCUCAGUGAAUGUCUCUUCAAGGAGUGGAGGGGAAGACCCUGGUAAAGAACUCCUUCAAUUAAAGGGCCAUUUAACAAAAGAAGACUGUGCCCAUUUUUCUGAUGUUAAUUUUGAUAACAAGGUCAAACAGUCUGAGCCUGACAAAAUUCCUGAAAAAGUCCUGUCUUUUGAAAACAAAAAAGGUCCAGAACUAGACUCUGAAAUGAAUAGUGAGAAUGAUGAACUCAAUGGUGUACAUCAAGUGGUGCCUAAAAAGCGGUGGCAGCGUUUAAACCAAAGGCGCACUAAACCUCGUAAGCGCACUAAUAGAUUUAGGGAAAAAGAAAACACUGAGGGUGCCUUUGGGGUCUUGCUUCCUGGUGAACCUGUGCAAAAGGGGGAUGACCUACCUGAGCAUAGACCUCCUACUUCCACAAAUGUUCUAGAAGAUGCGCUGACAGAUCCUAAUUGUGCAGGACGCUUAGAUUCUGCUGGGCCACGAUUGAAUGUUUGUGAUAAAACCAAUGCCAGCGUUGAGGAGAUGGAAAAGGAUCCAGAAAUUCCCAGUUUGACCCCCCAGUCUGCACUCCCAGAACCAGCUGUGCGAUCAGAGAAGAAACGCCUUAGGAAGCCAAGCAAGUGGCUUCUGGAAUAUACAGAAGAAUAUGAUCAGAUAUUUGCUCCUAAGAAAAAACAAAAGAAAGUUCAGGAACAGGUACUCAAGGCGAGUUCCCAUUGUGAGGAGGAAAGCCUUCUAGCCCGAUGUCGGUCUGGUGCUCAGAACAAGCAAGUAGAUGAGAAUUCUUUGAUUUCAACCAAAGAAGAGCCUCCAGUUCUUGAAAGGGAGGCUCCAUUUUUGGAAGGGCCUUUGGCUCAGUCAGAACUUGGAAGUGGACCUGCUGAGUUGCCACAGCUAACCUUGUCUGUACCUGUGGCUCCUGAAGUCUCUCCCCGGCUUGCCCUUGAGUCUGAGGAAUUGCUAGUUAAACCAUCAGGAAGCUAUGAAAGUAAGCGUCAGAGAAAACCAACUAAAAAACUUCUUGAAUCCAAUGAUUUAGACCCUGGAUUUAUGCCCAAGAAAGGAGAUUUGGGCCUUUCUAAAAAGUGUUAUGAAACUGGUCACUUGGAGAAUGACAUUGCUGAAUCACGUGCUGCAACUCUUUCUAAAGAGUUUGGUGAAGGUACUACCAAGAUGUUUGAUAAACCAAGGAAGCGUAAACGACAGAGGCUCGCCACCGCCAGGAUACAAUGUAAAAAAGUGAAAAAUGACAACUCCUCAAAAGAGACUGCAAGCUCAGAGGGAGAACUGAUGACACACAGGAUGGCAGCAAGCCCCAAGGAUGCCCUUGAGGAUGGUGUAGAGCACGACCAUGGGAUGCCUGUGUCUAAAAGAAUGCAAGGGGAACGUGGUGGAGGAGCUGCACUGAAGGAAAAUGUUUGUCAGAACUGUGAGAAACUGGGUGAGCUGCUGUUAUGUGAGGCUCAGUGCUGUGGGGCUUUCCACCUGGAGUGCCUUGGGUUGACUGAGAUGCCAAGAGGAAAAUUUAUCUGCAAUGAAUGUCGCACAGGAAUCCAUACCUGUUUUGUAUGUAAACAGAGCGGGGAAGAUGUUAAAAGGUGCCUUCUGCCCUUGUGUGGAAAAUUUUACCAUGAAGAGUGUGUCCAGAAGUAUCCACCCACUGUCAUGCAGAACAAGGGCUUCCGGUGUUCCCUCCACAUCUGUAUAACCUGCCAUGCUUCUAAUCCAGCCAGUGUUUCUGCAUCUAAAGGUCGCCUGAUGCGCUGUGUUCGCUGCCCUGUGGCAUACCAUGCCAAUGACUUUUGCCUGGCUGCCGGGUCAAAGAUCCUUGCAUCUAAUAGUAUCAUCUGCCCUAAUCAUUUUACCCCUAGACGAGGUUGUCGAAAUCAUGAGCAUGUUAAUGUUAGCUGGUGUUUUGUGUGCUCAGAAGGAGGCAGCCUUCUGUGUUGUGAUUCUUGCCCUGCUGCUUUUCAUCGUGAAUGCCUAAACAUUGAUAUUCCUGAAGGAAACUGGUAUUGCAAUGACUGUAAGGCAGGCAAAAAGCCACACUACAGAGAGAUUGUCUGGGUAAAAGUUGGGCGAUACAGGUGGUGGCCAGCUGAGAUCUGCCAUCCUCGCGCUAUACCUUCCAACAUCGAUAAAAUGAGACAUGAUGUGGGCGAAUUCCCUGUACUCUUCUUUGGGUCUAAUGACUAUCUGUGGACCCACCAGGCUAGAGUCUUCCCCUACAUGGAAGGGGAUGUUAGCAGCAAGGAUAAGAUGGGCAAAGGAGUGGAUGGGACAUAUAAAAAAGCUCUUCAGGAAGCUGCAGCAAGGUUUGAGGAGUUAAAGGCCCAAAAAGAGCUAAGACAACUGCAGGAAGACCGUAAGAAUGACAAGAAGCCACCACCUUAUAAACAUAUAAAGGUGAAUCGUCCUAUUGGCAGGGUACAGAUCUUCACUGCGGACUUGUCUGAAAUUCCUCGUUGCAACUGUAAAGCUACUGAUGAGAACCCUUGUGGAAUAGACUCUGAGUGCAUCAACCGCAUGCUCCUUUAUGAGUGCCAUCCUACAGUAUGUCCUGCUGGAGGGCGCUGCCAAAACCAGUGCUUCACCAAGCGCCAGUAUCCAGAGGUUGAAAUUUUCCGCACAUUGCAGAGGGGCUGGGGCCUCCGUACAAAAACAGAUAUUAAAAAGGGUGAAUUUGUGAAUGAAUAUGUGGGUGAGCUAAUAGAUGAAGAAGAGUGCAGAGCUCGAAUUCGUUAUGCCCAAGAACACGAUAUCACUAAUUUCUAUAUGCUAACUCUAGACAAAGACCGGAUCAUUGAUGCUGGUCCCAAAGGAAACUAUGCUCGAUUCAUGAAUCAUUGCUGCCAGCCCAACUGUGAAACACAGAAGUGGUCUGUGAAUGGAGAUACUCGUGUUGGCCUUUUUGCCCUGAGUGACAUCAAAGCAGGCACAGAACUUACCUUCAACUACAACCUGGAAUGUCUUGGGAAUGGAAAAACUGUUUGUAAAUGUGGAGCCCCAAACUGUAGUGGCUUCCUGGGUGUAAGACCAAAGAAUCAGCCCAUAGCCACAGAAGAAAAGUCCAAGAAAUUCAAGAAGAAACAGCAAGGGAAGCGCAGAACCCAAGGUGAAGUAACAAAGGAGCGAGAGGAUGAGUGCUUCAGCUGUGGGGAUGCUGGGCAGCUCGUCUCUUGCAAGAAGCCUGGCUGCCCAAAAGUCUACCAUGCAGACUGUCUCAAUCUAACCAAGCGCCCAGCAGGAAAAUGGGAGUGUCCUUGGCAUCAGUGUGACAUCUGUGGGAAGGAAGCAGCCUCCUUCUGUGAAAUGUGCCCCAGUUCCUUUUGCAAGCAGCAUCGGGAAGGAAUGCUCUUCAUCUCCAAACUGGAUGGGCGUCUGUCUUGUACUGAGCAUGACCCCUGUGGGCCCAACCCUCUGGAACCCGGGGAGAUCCGUGAGUAUGUGCCUCCCCCAGUACCGCUGCCUCCAGGCCCAAGCUCUCACCCAGCAGAGCAAUCAUCAGGAAUGGCUGCUCAGGGGCCCAAGAUGUCGGAAAAGCCACCUGCUGACACCAACCAGACAUCGUCACUGUCCAAAAAAGCUCUGGCAGGAACUUGUCAGAGGCCACCGCUGCCUGAAAGACCUCUUGAGAGAACUGACUGUAGGCCUCAGCCUUUAGAUCGGGUCAGGGACCUUGCUGGGCCAGGGACCAAACUCCAAUCCUUGGGAUCCAGUCAGAGGCCAGUGGACAAGUCUCCUGCAAUAGCAGGACCAAGACCCCAGCUCUCUGACAAACCCUCUUCAGUGACCGGCCCAAGUUCCUCACCUUCAGUCAGGUCCCAACCACUGGAAAGAUCUCUGGGUACGCCUGGCUCAAGGCUGGAUAAAUCAAUAGGUGCUGCCAGCCCAAGGCCUCAGCCAUUGGAGAAAGCCCCAGUCCCUGCUGGCCUGAGACUUACACCGCCAGACAGACUCCUAAUCACCAGUGGUCCCAAAACCCAGACUUCAGACAGGCCCCUUGACAAAUCCCAUGCCUCUCUGUCCCAGAGACUCCCACCUCCUGAGAAAGUACUAUCAGCUGUGGUCCAGACCCUUGUUGCUAAAGAAAAAGCACUGAGGCCUGUGGACCAGAAUACUCAGUCAAAAAAUAGAGCUGCUUUGGUUAUGGAUCUCAUAGACCUAACUCCUCGCCAGAAGGAGCGGGCACCUUCUCCUCAGGAGGGCACACCACAGGCCGAUGAGAAGAUGCCAGUUUUGGAGUCAAGCUCUUGGCCUGCUGGCAAAGUUCUGGGGCAGAUGCCUCGAGCUGGUGAGAAGGGUAGCGUGUCAGACCCUGUACUCUCACCACCUGGGAAAGCAGCAACCCCUUCAAAGCAUCCCUGGCAAGCUGUUAAAUCACUCUCCCAACCCAGACUUCUUUCUCAGCCUCCUGCCAAGGCUUUUUUAUAUGAGCCAGCAACUCAGGCCUCCGGAAGAGCACCUGCAGAGGCUGAGAAGACCCCAGGGCUUCCCAGCCAAGCCCCAGGCUUGGUGAAGCAGAUGACUGGAGGCCAGCAACUACCUGGACUUGCUGCCAAAGGGACAACACUGAGUGGGCAGUCCUUCAGGUCUCUUGGGAAUGCCCAAGCCUCUCUCCCCACUGAGGAGAAAUUGGCUACCACAGAGCAGAGUCCCUGGGUCCUAGGAAAGGCCUCCCUGGGACCAGGGCUCUGGCCCAUGGUGGCUGGACAGACACUGACACAGUCAUGCUGGUCCUCUGCGAACACACAGACAUUGGCACAGACUUGCUGGUCUCUUGGAAGAGGGCAAGACCCUAAACCAGAGCAAAAUACAGUUCCAGCUCUUAACCAGGCUCCUUCCAGUCACAAGUGUGCAGAAUCAGAACAGAAAUAAUACUAGUAAACAUCAUGGCCAGACAAACUGCCCCCAGGGUACCAUUUGGGGAGGGAAAAUCUUUUCGUUUCCCCCUUAAAAAACAGACAUACCCCCCAACACUUUUCCAUUGUUAUGCUUUCCUUAUAUCUCAACACUCAGAAACUCUUGUGACAUUAGCUAGUGGGGGCUUAUGGUUGUGUAAACCAUGUAUGGAAAUCCAGGUAGGCCCCAGCCAAGGGGACAGACAGACUUGGGUCUCUUUCCCACAACCUUUACACAUGGUAAACUUGAAAUAAAAGUCCACUCUGGA